AUGUAUUCUCCUACUGCAAAGCUGAACGGGCUCUCGCUUGACGCUAUGCCACCAGUGACUCGUUCCAUGUCGCGGCUACAAGGUGACAACUCGCCGCCCACUAUUGUCGACUAUGAAUCAAGUCUCGAAAGUGAAGACUGCGAGUCAGACUGGUCCGAGACGGACGAAGAUUCAUUGACCAUCAAGUCACCCGCACGAGUCAUCUAUCGCCUCGACAACCUACCACAAGGGCAAAGGGACGUGGUCCGCGACACCUUCAACUGUCCCCCUCAGAUGUCUCUACAACGCUGCCGCCACGUGGACAACACAUACGCUUUCCAAAUGACAGAGCUUGUAAAUCGCUCCAUACGGCUGCAUAGGGACGGAGAGCGGACCAGACUUGUCUGCUCAUGCGCGGCCGACGUCAACGAGACCACUGCUUGUUCGCACAUCCUCUGGCUGCUUGACCAGAUACUUGACCAGACACUAUACGACCACGACCGACGCGAACCCGUGUGUCUGAACCAACGGGGAUUCGCCGAUGAGAUGGGCGACCCCUUUGAGCGCAUCAGCAAGCAUCACAUCGACAUUCUCGCUGCCGACCUGCACUGCCCCCUUAUACGCGAAGACGCAGAUUCUAGAAUCGACUCAGCUCGAACCCUCGAGGCUCGGGAGCUACUCGCCUCGAUACACGCGGAAGAUCCAGACACAUUCCGACGAGAUAUCUUCGAUAGUCCCAGCCAGGGCACGAAAGUCAUCAAGCGUCACGACAUUGACUGCACCGUUUUCAGAAUGUUGCUCGACAAUAAUCACUUUUUUCAGUAUUUUCGGUCCCUCAGCCGGCCAGGAGAUCCCAUCAGAGACGUCUUCCGGAAGUUAUCGCAACGAGUCGACCGAGUGUUGCACCAGCUCGACGCUGGCGGGAUGGACGGUUCCAAAACCACAGAAUGGGCAACACAUCAUAUAAGAGGCUGCGUGUCCUCUAUUCGGUGUGCUGUAUUCGACCGUGACCAGCCGCUGCCCUUCUCAGAGGCACACGCAGCCGCAGCCGCGCUCGUCCAUAUCCUGUCAGCCGUUGUCACUCGCCAUCCGCGCGCAUCGAUUCAUGUAUCUGGACAAGAUCGAAACCUGUACAUGACUCUAGUUGGGGAAAGGGAUAUCGACUUCGUCGUGGGUGUGUUGGGCUUACUGCCUGAAGCGGCAUGUCACUUCCUGUACGACCUCGAAGCGCUGCUCGAGCAGGUCGAAACGCAUGGCGCCCCGGUGUCGUACGUUACCAAGUUUCGGACGCUCAUUGCGAGCCUACGGGGUCUCAAACCGGAGAGUAGACCGAAGAGAGCAAAUGAAGUUACGGCGUCGGGCCGGCGGAGCAAGCGAAUGAAGUAA